CCCUUGCCCAUUGCUUCUGUCUUAAAACCAAAGAAAAAUGAAUACCGUUAAUUCCACGGCCGUCCGUCAGGGAGGCGUCGCCUCAAUCUCCGCCGUCCAUCCCGACGUCUUCCAAUUCCACAUCCUCGCCCGACUCGACGGCCCUUCCCUCGCCUCCCUCGCCUGCGUUUCCUCUCAAUUACACGCCCUCUCUACGGAAGACCAUCUCUGGCGUAACAUUUGUUCCUCCACCUGGCCUUCCGUCAAUCAUCCACGUGUUCAUCAAAUCAUCUCCACUUUCCCUUCCGGUCACCAUUCUUUCUUCUCCGAUUCCUUUCCGUUUCCCGAUUCCCGACCUUCAAAGCUCGACGUCAACUCUUCCACUCUCCCAACGGAAUUGAUCUUCGCCGUUGACGUUUACUAUCAAAACGAGAUUAUUUAUUCCAAACUCGAAGAAGUCGAUACGUCAAGCAGCUGGUAUUUAUGUUCCCCGUUCCGGUUUGAUCUACUUGAUCCGAAAGAUUGCGCUUCGAUAGCAAUCAAGUGUUCAAACGGCAGUGAAGACGACACGUGGCUCAAACAAAAAGAGGAGAACUUGAGUUUAAGCUUGAUAGUGAUUGACCCGACCCGAAAGAGGGCGGUGAAUAUGUCUAGUAGGAGGGCGGUUUCGGUGCAGCGGCACUGGUUGACGGGUGACGUGCACAUGCGAUUCGGAACAGUACUUUCCGGAGAUAAACGGCGAGGAUCGGCACGAGAGUGGGUGGAGUGUGGGGUGGUGGUCACGUGCUGUGGAAAAGAAGGGGGAGAAAUGCAGGUGAGGGAAGUGAGCAUGGUAAUGGAGGACAUGGAAGGGAAAGGGUUGAACGGGAAGGAUAGUUUGGUAAUUUUGGGAGGGAUUAUAGGGGAAGGUAGGAAGAAGAAGGAAAGGGAUGGCAGUGAAGGGAAAGUGAAAUACAAGGAAUUCCAAGAGAGAAAAAGGGAGAGGAAAGAGGAGAAGCAGAGGAAAGAAAGGCUAUUGGAUUUGGUUUGCAUCACAGUCGGCGUCGCUGGUUUUUUGACAUUUUGGUCGGCGAUACUGUUCAAGUAAAA